AUGGCAAAAGGCGAGAAGGAAGCGCUUCCAAUAUACGAGUUACACCCUCCUCCAUGGUUACCCAAGACACAUACCUCAGCAGACUUGGGCUACAGUGGAUUCCACCCUCCUCGCCCAGACGACGUUGAAGAGGUCCUCACCGAUGUCACCGUACAGAACGGACUCAUUCUUCAACCAGUGGUGUCGGCAGAGGGCUGGACGGCUGUCGGGCAGGUCCAGGGACCACAGCAGCUCCACCACCUGGAAGACCUCAUGCACAAGAUUUUCUCUCGCCGCGCUGAGAAUGUCCCGCCCGUCCCCGCCUCCACCUUCCGCAUGCCGUCGCGGGUGACCCUGAACGAUACUAAACGAACUCAGUGGUUCGCCGAUCUCGCGAACCCGGAAGUCCCCUUGUACAAGCUCGGCAAGAACGUGCCGCACGGAGCGAAGGGCCACGACCUCCUGGACCUCCUGCAGUACAACAACGUCGCCAUUUCCCGGGCAGUCUGGUUCCUCCGUGUCUUCGGAGGGAACGAAUCCGCAGGCCUGCGCAACAAACCGGGGUACAACCCCACCCAGUACAGCAUCGAAUGGGCUAACGUGGUCACGAGCUACAUGAAGAAGCUGCUCGCGGACAUCGCCCUGCCAAUCGCACCCCGCCCCGGGCUGAACAUCAAGAUGUCCUUCAAGAACAUGCUCGCCGAUCCGCAGCCCCGCGAGCGUUGGAUCUCGCGCUUCAGCUACUGCCUGGAGCUCCUGCGCACGUUCUACGCGGAGGGCCUGGUCGACAACCGCACGUUCCUGACAUGGCUCGUGCAGCAGAUGGGGACGUGCAACCUCGCGCAGCUGGGCUUCGUCGCGCGCCUCGCUGACGAAUACUCGACGCGUUCGUUCCUUGCGCUUCCCGACGCGUUUGUCAGUCCCCGUGCAUGGCAGCUGCAUUCCGAGCUGCUGGGCGAGAUACUCUCGACCGCGGUAGCGCCUGCCGAGGGCACUCCGCCACAGAACACUCAGGCGCUUCAGCAAACGCUCCAUGAGCUCUUCGCAGAUGUCAAGCGCCGAAACGAAGCCAUGCUAUUUCGCCACCUGCCUCCCCGCAUUGUGGGAAGCCUCACCUCAGCGCUUUCAGAUAUCAAGCUUCUGAACUCGUUGACCGGGGACACCGACAUUAGCAGUGUCUUCUUCUUCGAAGACGUCUCGAUCCCGCACCCGUCGUUCGCGCGCAAGCUCGACAUCCUCCUCACCUGGAGCGUGACUUCACUGCAGUAUGGUGACCACCGGCCGUACGCUGCUGCGUGUAUCCUCGCAGAGUGGCGGCGAAAGGCGGGCGAGCGGGCAAUCCGCCAUGAGGCGGAAUCACCGGACCAGUUCAUUCAGGACCAGGUCUUCGAUUGGCUUGACGGCUCGUGCGAUGCCGCCGACCCGGAGAACCUGCCCGCCGUCUCGCUUCUAUUAGGUCAGCUCGUGAAGCAGGGUCUAUUCUCUUACCAGCAGUAUGUGCAGCGCCUCAUCGCGCGCGGCGAGGUCGGCCUUUCGUUUAGUCAGGAGGGCCAUUCACGCCACAGAGAGUUCUUGCGAUGGACGUGUCUGCAUACCGCGGAUGCAUCGGUGACUCGCCAGCGCAAGGUCACUCUGUAUGGCGUGCGCGCGCGACAGACGCCGGAGGACGAGCAUGAGCACCAGAUGCGGAGCGAGCUUCGUCAACUACUCCCGGAGGUGUUCAACGGUCAGGGGCGAGAUGCGCAAUCAGUGCCAACCAGGUUCUGGGAGAGUUGUCCCACUUUGUAUUCCUCGCCCCGGUACGAACAAGUUAGAACGAUCCGAGAGUGGUUCCUCCCCAUACUUCGCAAGCAUAUAACCAGUCAGGAACAGGCUUUGGCGAAUGGCAGCAGUGAUGUGUUGAAGACUUUCACGCUAUCUGUGGAACUCAUGGCACGUACGAAGUGCUACGGCUCUUUGCUCGACCUUACCCUCUUCACCCUUGAGCGGGCCACGACUCACCCUCUUUUAGUCGGAGUACUUGAAACACUCUCCCAACACAUGGAAGUUUGGGCAUGCAUGAACGUGAUGAGGACUAUCGCCGUUGCUUUGUAUGCGACACAUCAAUACUGGCGAGGGCGCGGAAUUCAUAGCCGUCAGCUGCUAUCGCUCCUUACGCAAGUGGACAAGGGUCGGUAUCUCGAGCAGACACAGCGAGAUCAAGUUCUGAACGACAUAUCCGCAUACAGUCAUGCACUUCACCCGAUGAGCCAAACCUCCAACACUGUUCCGGUGCACCUUCCUGAGGUCCUCUUGCUCGCAACAGACCCUAAUAUGGAAGCUCCCUCAAACCUUGCCAAGAGCUUGUGGUACAAGUACAUGACGACAUCGAACUGGGCUUGGACUGUUUGGGACAACACUAUUGCCAGUCUUCGUCAAAUCCCCGUCAUGAUCACGGACAACGAGGGGCGCGUGGCCUGUGCUCUCAAGUACGCGCAUUUCCUAUGGCAAGUCGACCAGCAUCUCCCGCAGGGCUUCGACUCUCAUGUGCUCAAGUGGUUCCUUGGCUCGGGGAAAAACGAAGCUGCUGCGCUCACCGUGGAAGUCUGGGACGUCGUCACAGUGGUCCUCCUCCAACUCUGCAUACAUGGCGCUCUCACUACCACCACGGUCUUGCAGGGCCUCAUCUAUUCCGUUUGGCAGAGUGCAGCGACGGCAUCCACUCCUGAGCAAGGACGUAGCCUGGAGGUUCUCCUCUCCGCAGUGAAUCUCCUCUUCGAGCACCUGCUCCUGAGGGACGAAUGCGGGACUGGGUUUCCUCCGGCUGAUAUCUUCGAGUCCCAAAGCCUCCAGACUCGGCGCAGGGACGUGUUCAGGGAGCCCCAUUUCUCCGAGCUCGUGGAUAACCUUCCCGCCCUGGUUCUCGUCGAGCAUAACCAUUUCCUUACCGACACCCUGCGGCAGGGCUCACGAGCCCUGCGAGAGUCAAUUUGCCGCUUCAGCGUGUUCAGACUUGGGGUCUAUCGAGACCUUGAUGCCGUGAGACGCGCAUUUGAGAGCUUCUUGAAUCCCGAAGCGUCGGUCCCUUCGCUCGCGAUGUUCACGAGAACUGAGCCAUAUGCAGGUGCAGCGGAAGAUAGCGAUGGCUUCGCCACCGUGUCAUCUCUGCUGACACCUUGGAAGUUGGCUGCUACUGCUAUUGAGAUGCGCCUGACGCUCAAGCAGCUCGCAGAAGGACUGACUAGGGAGCCCACGCGAAGUGCAGCGAAAGCUACACUAGACAGACUCGGCAACUUCGUCUUCCACCAAUGCAAGUCAACCGAGGAAGUUGACUUCGUAGCAGGGAUGAUGACGGACGUCAGCAGAGAUGUCGCAGGGAAGUUUGUCAAUGCUGGUCUCCAACGCAUCAUUGAGUUGUUCCAAGUGCCCUUCGAUUCAACGAGCGAAGACGAUGUCCACGCGUUCGUCACCAAUACAGGCGAAGUCUUGAGGCUAUUAUCUAAGAUUGUGGAGCGCUUCCGAGACAACGCGACCCUCCCGAUAUUAGAUCCUGCUGUUCAGGACAAGUUCUUCUCGGGCCUGGUUGGUAAAUUCGCACAGAUGAAAGAAGCAUGUGCUGCAGGGCAGUCAGACGACGCAGACGACUCAUUCAAUCAGGCAUCUCAUUGCAUCAUCUUUCUAUCUCGACUGCUGCAGUUCGACCUGGGCUUCCCAGGCGCGUGGACUCCACAAGCCAUGGAACUCAGCACGCCCCUCUGUAGGACCCUCAUUGACUUGGUUCUGCUGCACGCAGAGGGCUCUGGGCUUGACAUUGUGGCCUUCCCACUUCUCUUCGACACCCUACUCUAUUUCCUAGACGAAACACCUGUGGAUCCGAAGAGUGCCACCUUUGAUCCAUCCCGGAACUACCCUGAGAUCGAACUCUCCCACCUGCCUAUAGGCAUGCCCCCAGAGUACCGCACGCGCAUCCGGACGCUUCUCCCAUAUGUCGCGCUCAACCCCGCCGUCGCCGACCUCGCCUACGCUACGCGCGACACCUCAGGAGUGCUGACGCUGACGCAGCCCGUGCAGAACCGACCUUGGGAGUGGACGGAGUACCUCGGAGACGUGUCCCCCGGCGAGAUCAACCCCCGGACAGACGAGCGCGCAGGGACUCGAAUCGAGGAGCACGCGAGCGUGCGCAACUGCGCAAGCGUCGCACUCGAGCUGUUCGGUGCGCGCCUCACCGGCGACGUCCUCAUCCCGGCGCACGCGGGCGGUGAUCAGCGCGUCGAGGCCGCCUUGCGGACCUUCCAGGAUGACCAUGCAGGCGAGAGCGUGUUCGCGAGGGAUUGGCGGGAGGCGCGGGUCGCGCUGAACGACGAUUCCGCCAGAUCGAGAUCAGGGACGGACCAUGAAGACGAUCAAGUUGGUGGGGCUGUUGCUGGUGUCGUAGGACAGCAUCAGGGUGCCUCGCGCCGCGGGUCGCCCGCACUCUCCAUCCGCUCGGGCGUUGCGCGUGUGUCAGGCUCGAGCUCGGCGGGUUCCCGCAGGCAGAGCCCCGCGACCAGCACGACGGUCGGGCAUCCGCUUAGCCGACUGUCUGUGUCGACGGCUUCGGAGCCCAUCGACGUGGAUGCAUUGGAUUUCGGGAGUACGGCGACGAGCGCUGCUGCGAAGCGGAGGCCGGAGACCGACGACGAUGUGCAGGUCAUCGAGGGGCCGGGCCCAUCGCGCGCAAGCAAGAAGCCUAGAGCGAAGGUGGGGUCGAAAACGAAGGGGAGGAAAAGGUGA